AUGCAGGCUGCUCUGCUCAAGGUCUCUGAGGCGCCCAUUGACAUCCAAGUCAAGCUUUGGGCAAGGGAGGUCAGGCAACUGUCCUACGACGUCGAGGAUAAGGUUGAUACUUUCAUGGUUCGCAUAGAUCGUGAGCCAAAGGAGCGGCAUGGUCUCCGAGGCUUCAUCGACAGAAGCCUUGACCUCUUGACCAAGGCCAGGAUCCGCCACCAAUUAGGCACCGAGAUUAAAGAUCUCAAAAGAAGCAUCAAGGAGGUGAGCGAGCGCUGUGAUAGGUACAUGGUUACUCAGGUUGCUGCCAAGCCUGUGGAUAUACCUGUUAAGAACCUUCGCCUAUCAGCUAUGUACAAAAAGACAGUUGAGCUCAUCGGCACUGAAGAGAAGAGCAAUGAGCUUAUUGACAAGCUAAUGGAGGGGGAUAAGUUGUCGAAGAAACAGCUCAAGGCAGUCUCUAUUGAACUGCUGGGGCUUCAUCUACAGAAGAAACCGAAAUGGGCGGUGCCGAUUCGGCUGCCGGCUCUGCAGUAUGCUUAA